UGGAGGCCCUAAGCUCCACCACAGUCAUAAGUGCAGCCCAGGCCACCGGGCCCAAGCCCCCUUCCCCCCCGCAGGGGGCGACCCCGGACCGGCCUCUGGGAGACAUAACAGCACAGAUUCGGAAAGCUCUCCAAGCCCCUCAUGGAGAAGAAGCGACGGGCACGCAUCAAUGUAUCUCUGGAGCAGCUCAAGUUGCUAUUGGAGAAGCACUAUUCGCACCAGAUCCGGAAACGCAAGUUGGAAAAAGCGGACAUCCUGGAGCUGAGCGUCAAGUACAUGAGAAGCCUUCAGAACUCUGUGCAAGGGCUCUGGCAGGUCCCCAGCGGCGCCAGGUACCCGUCAGGUUUCCGCGGCUGCCUGCCAGACAUGAGCCAGCUCCUGAGGCGCGGCGAGGAGGGCGGCGGCGGCCUGCGCUGCCCUCUGGUGCCCGAGCGCGCCGGUGGCAGCACCAUGGACAGCGCCGGUUCUGGCUCGGAGACGCCUGCGCCGCGACGUUCCUGCGCCCCUGCCUUCUGGGCUGCUGCUCCGGCUCCCGCUGCCAGCGUCCCGCGGUCCCCGCCAUCCCGGCUGGUGCUCCCCGGCGGCUCCCCUGGCCCGUCCACCAAUGUCCCGGCGCCGCAGCCGGCGUCGCGCUACCGCGCGGAGAGCCCGGGACAGGGGCUGCGCGUGUGGCGGCCCUGGUGA